CCUGCGCACGGCGCCGAGGUACGGGGUCGGGCUCAGAAAUGGCGGCCUCCAUGUUCUACAGCCGGUUAUUGGCCACAGCCGCCCUUAGGAGCCGCGGGUCCCGGCCGGCGCUGCGGGCCGCCGCCCAGUUUCUUGUUAGGCUUUCCAGCAGCACUGUAAGGGCGUCAUUAAUAUCCUCCUCAUUGAUGAAGAAACUGGCUUAGAGAGCGAGUAAUUUGGGCUCCGGCACAAAGCAGGUUCUGGGAAGUUCUGGAUUUUUUAACAACCAUGGACUCCAAAUACAGCAGCAGCAAAAAAGGAGUCUCUCACUACAUGAAUACAUGAGUAUGGAAUUGUUGCAAGAAGCUGGUGUCUCCAUUCCCAAAGGACAUGUGGCAAAAUCACCAGAUGAAGCUUAUGCAGUUGCCAAAAAAUUAGGUUCAAAAGACGUUGUGAUAAAGGCACAGGUUUUAGCUGGUGGUAGAGGAAAAGGAACAUUUGAGAGUGGCCUCAAAGGAGGAGUGAAGAUAGUUUUCUCUCCAGAAGAAGCAAAAGCUGUUUCCUCACAAAUGAUUGGGAAAAAGUUGUUUACCAAGCAAACAGGAGAAAAGGGCAGAAUAUGCAAUCAAGUAUUGGUUUGUGAGCGAAGAUAUCCCCGGAGAGAAUACUACUUUGCAAUAACAAUGGAAAGGUCAUUUCAAGGUCCUGUAUUAAUAGGAAGUUCUCAAGGUGGUGUCAACAUUGAAGAUGUUGCUGCUGAGACUCCUGAGGCCAUAGUUAAAGAACCUAUUGAUAUUGUAGAAGGCAUCAAGAAGGAACAAGCUGUCCGGCUUGCACAGAAGAUGGGAUUUCCACCUAAUAUUGUGGAUUCUGCGGCAGAAAAUAUGGUCAAGCUUUACAACCUUUUCCUGAAAUAUGAUGCAACUAUGGUAGAAAUAAAUCCAAUGGUAGAGGAUUCAGAUGGAACUGUGCUGUGCAUGGAUGCAAAGAUCAAUUUUGAUUCUAAUUCAGCCUAUCGCCAGAAGAAAAUCUUUGACUUACAGGACUGGACCCAGGAAGAUGAACGGGAGAAAGGUGCAGCUAAGGCAAAUCUCAACUACAUUGGCCUUGAUGGAAAUAUAGGCUGUCUAGUAAAUGGUGCUGGUUUGGCUAUGGCCACAAUGGAUAUAAUAAAACUUCAUGGAGGCACUCCAGCGAACUUUCUUGAUGUUGGUGGUGGUGCCACAGUCCAUCAAGUAACAGAAGCAUUUAAGCUUAUCACUUCAGAUAAAAAGGUACUGGCUAUUCUGGUCAACAUUUUUGGAGGAAUCAUGCGGUGUGAUGUUAUUGCACAGGGUAUAGUUAUGGCUGUAAAGGAUUUGGAAAUUAAAAUACCUAUUGUGGUACGGUUACAAGGUACAAGAGUUGAUGAUGCUAAGGCACUGAUAACAGACAGUGGACUUAAAAUUCUUGCUUGUGAUGACUUGGAUGAAGCUGCUAAAAUGCUGGUUAUCCUCACACAGAUUAUAGAUACAGCAUUGGAAUUCAACUUGACAAAAAGUGAAAUACUAACUUCUAGACCCAAGCUCCUAUCCUGAUAUUGCAAGUUGUAAAACUCUCUGAAAUUGUGACCUUAGCCAAGCAAGCCCAGGUGGAUGUGAAAUUUCAGUUGCCAAUCUGAUCGGAGAACCUAGUGGAUGGCUGAAGGUGUUAAAUGUGCUAUAAUCAUUAAAAAUCCUGUGUUCUGUAUUAUUAUUGUUCCUUUUCUCUUCAGUGUGUGGAGAUUGUAAUUGCCAGCUAGACACAAAAACUUUCAAAAGUAUUUGGUCUGCAUUUAAUUCUGCUGUUCAGAGUGGGCUGUUUGUAUAAAGAAUGUAUAAUGCAGUGAUCUAGUUUCUUUUAUUGCAGCUUUCUUUUUCACUUCUAUAGAAUGUCACUUGCAAUAUGCCAGUUUAUUGUUAGAUUCAACAUUCUUCGUUGAUAAGAGUCCUAUGAAUAAAAUAAAUAUGAAGAUAAAGCUUUAUUCUUUAGUGUUCGAAAUACAUUAUAUCUAAUAACUAGCCUCAUUAGUAGAGCAAUGUAUUAAAACAAUGUUUUAUAUAAGAAGUGUUUAUCUUCAACACCAAAUACCUAUCUAAAUAUAUCAAUUACUAUUUAUAAAAAGAGCUUUCAGACAGACACUCCUCAGAAUAUUCUUUUAAGUAUGUCAGUGAAGUAACUUGUUAUUUGAACAUUGUUUUAAUCAUUAUAAAACACUGAUUACUGUAAGUCUUCUUGAUCCUGUGGUAUUGAUAAAAACUGGUAGGUUUGUAUCAGAUAAAGGUAUAUUCACUAAGGACUUGGCAGACAAAAUUAACAAUGUCAAUUUGUUAAUAAAAAUCUCCCAAUGUGA